AUGGGCGACCUGGAGCUGCUGCUGCCGGGGGAGGCCGACGCGCUGGUGCGGGGGCUCCGCAGCUUCCCGCUGAUGGAGACGGGCUCCGCAGGGUGGAACCAGCAGCAUGAAAACCUGGAGAAGCUGAACAUGCAGGCCAUCCUGGAUGCCACGGCCAGCGAGGGCGAGCCCAUCCAGCAGCUGCUGGUCACCCACGGGAAGGUCCCCACGCUGGUGCGGGAGCUGAUCGCCGUGGAGAUGUGGAAGCAGAAGGUGUUCCCUGUGCUGUGCAAACUGGAGGACUUCAAGCCCCAGAACACCUUCCCCAUCUACAUGGUGCUGCACCACGAGGCUUCCGUCAUCAACCUCCUGGAGACCGUGUUCUUCCACAAGGAGGUGUGUGAGUCCGCCCAGGACACCAUCAUGGACCUGGUGGACUACUGCCACCGCAAGCUGACCCUGCUGGCGGCCCGGAGCGGCCGCGGGGAGCCCCCGGAGGAGGAGGAGGCGGAGGACGUCCCUCCCAUGAAGGAGCUGCAGACGCAGGCCGAGCUGAUGGAGUUUGAGAUCGCGCUGAAGGCGCUCUCCGUGCUCCGCUACAUCACGGACUGCGUGGACAGCCUGUCCCUGAGCACCCUGAGCCGCAUGCUGAGCACCCACAACCUGCCCUGCCUCCUGGUGGAGCUGCUGGAGCACAGUCCCUGGACCCGGAGGGACGGAGGCAAGCUGCAGCAGUUUGAGGGCGGCCGGUGGCAGGCAGUGGCCGCCUCCGAGCAGCAGAAGAUGAGCAAGUUGGACGGGCAGGUGUGGAUCGCCCUGUACAACCUGCUGCUGAGCCCCGAGGCCCGGGCCCGCUACUGCCUCACGAGGUUCGCCAAAGGACAGCUGCUCAAGCUUCGGGCCUUCCUCACAGACAUUCUGAUCGACCAGCUGCCCCACCUGGCGGACCUGCAGGGGUUCCUGGCCCACCUGGCCCUGGCCGAGCCUCAGCCCCCUAAGAAGGACCUGGUGUUUGAGCAGAUCCCCGAAAUCUGGGAGCGGCUGGAGCGCGAGAACAAAGGCAAGUGGAAGGCCAUGGCCAAGCACCAGCUGGAGCACAUGUUCAGCCCCUCGGAGCACGACCUCCGGCAGCAGGCGCAGAGGUGGGCUGAGACCUACAGGCUGGACGUGCUGGAGGCCAUGGCUCCGGAGCGGCCGCGCUGUGCCUACUGCGGCGCCGAGGCCUCCAAACGCUGCUCGCGAUGCCAGAACGAGUGGUACUGCUGCAGGGAGUGCCAGGUCAAGCACUGGGAGACGCACCGGAAGGCUUGCGUCCAGGUGGCCCCGGGUGGCAGAGUGAAGUGA